AUGCUCAAGUGGGUGCAUCACACGCCUUCACUGCCGAAAAAUCACACGACAGUGAUUACCAGAGACUCUCUUAAAUCUAACGAAGAAGAAGAAGAGGAGGAGGAGGAAAAGAUAGUUGAUAAUGUGCCUCGUAAAAUUGAAUAUGACAAUACGGACAAUGAAGAUGAGUGUAAAGAUUUAGAAAAAGAUGAACAUAUUAUGAUUGAUAUUUCAUUGAAAAGACGUUUAGGGGGUUCGGAUCCCAGAGUAGCAACAUGUCGAGGAAAACUUCAAAACAGACGCAGCAAACUCAACCAGGAAAUAAACAAAGAGCUGAGACUACGUGCUGGCGCAGAAAAUCUCUUCAAAGCAACCACAAACCGGAAAUUAAAAGAAACAGUUGCGCUGGAGCUCAGUUUUGUUAAUUCAAAUCUUCAGUUGCUGAAGGAGCAGCUUGCCGAGCUUAAUAGUUCCGUCGAGCUCUAUCAAAAUGUCGAUGGACAAGAGCCAGUUAUGCCAAUGAUCCCAUUGGGGUUAAAGGAGACCAAGGACAUUGAUUUUCAAGACCCCUUCAAGGAUUUUAUUUUAGAACAUUACAGUGAAGAUGGUGAAAAUUAUGAAGAAGCUGUCGCUGAUCUUAUGGAAACAAGACAGGCGACAAGAACCCCAACGCGAGACGCAACCGGCAUAGCAUUACUAUUCCGCUAUUACAACCAACUAUACUUCAUCGAAAGACGAUUUUUCCCACCGGACCGAAGCCUCGGGAUAUAUUUCGAGUGGUUCGAUUCAUUGACAGGAGUGCCAAGCUGCCAAAGAACGGUAGCAUUCGAAAAGGCCUCGAUUCUGUUCAACGCGGGGGCUCUGUACACGCAAUUAGGAGCAAAGCAGGACAGAAGAAGCACUAAAGGACUCGAUCAAGCUGUAGACGCAUUUCUACGAGCCGCGGGUACCUUCCGCUACAUCCAUGAGAACUUUACGAACGCGCCGAGCAUGGAUCUUGGUCCUGACAUGCUGGACAUGUUGGUGCAGUUGAUGUUGGCUCAGGCUCGCGAGUGUCUGUUUGAAAAACUCGAAUUGCAGUCACGUGAAUCGAGAAACGUCGACAUCUGCUUGGACCUUGCUCAAGAAGCGGCUCAAGUAGCUGCUGUCUACAAUGACGUCCAUGGAUUAAUAUCACGUGAACCUGUUCGUGAUUACGUACCUGAAUCCUGGGUGUCUUUGGUCCUUGUCAAGCGUGAACAUCAUUUAGCGCUCGCGCAUAAACACUGCGCGGCUGGAUUGCUUGCCAAGCCUAUUGCGGAAUUUAGGAUGGAAACUAAGCUUACGCUCGAACAUAUCCAAGAAAGUGACGGGAAAACUCAAAUGGAUAAUAUUAUUCCUAAAGAUGAUAAUGAACGAAGAGCUCUAGGGAGAGCACAUCUACGCGAAAGUUUAGUCCUUCAUGAAGAAAGCCAGAGAUUACAAAGAAUGUGCAGAGAAUUAAAGGGCAAACAGGCGUUAGCUAAAGUAUUAAAAAGAGCUCAUGAUGCUACUUUGAAAAAUUACAACGACGCGGGAGAUGAAGAUGAUUUACGGGAACUUCUUGACCCGCCACAUAUAGUUGCAUCAUCAAAGUUUCAACUGAGCAUCACGCAUCCAGAUUUCGGUCAGCACGGAGUUGAUGAUCUUUUCAAAUCACUCGGUCCCGUAGCCAUAUUUUCAGCUAAAAGACACUGGACAGCUCCCCGAUCUAUUCAAUUACAACGUGGACCCGGUGGCGAGGGUUUUGGAUUCAGCGUAAGAGGAGAUGCUCCUGUUAUUAUUGCUGCUGUUGACCAUAAUUCGUUGGCAGAUCUUGGUGGGAUGAAGGAAGGUGAUUUUAUUGUGAACAUCGAUGACAAAGAUGUCAAAUGGGCCUCCCAUGAACAAGUUGUACGCUUGAUCAAACAAUGCGGAGAUUCUAUUAGUUUAAAACUCGUAACACCUAUGGAUAGAAAUUAUUUAAAGAAACCUGUGAAGACUAGUCAUCACGAUAAAGGUAGCGUGUCAGCAAGUAGUUCUUCAGGAGUGUCUUCCGGUCAACCAAGUCCAGCUGGAUCUGUCACAACAGCUCAUGUCGCUCGACGUAUUCCUUGGAACCCAUUUAAAAAAUCGACUCAACGAGAUAGCAGAGAUCUUACAUUUGAUAACGUUAUUCUCAGAUGA